AUGGGUAUUAAUAAAACCCACUGGACGGGACAAGAAAAAAUGCAACUUGCAGAGGGCGAAACUAUUAUUUACUCCGGAAGAAAUGAUGACAACCAUAGGGAGGGAGUUGGCAUACUGAUGUCAAAACAUGUAACAAGAUCUCUAAUAGAAUGGACUCCGAUCAGCGAAAGGGCUACUCAAGCCAGAUUAUAUUCCAGAUACAUUAAACUUAUUAUCAUCCAUAUAUAUGCACCCACUGAAGAUGCAGAUGAACAGAUGAAAGAUGAGUUCUAUGGGAGGCUACAGGAUGUGAUAGACAGUGUCAAUGAGCAUGGCAUGCUAAUAGUAACGGGGGAUAUGAAUGCUAAGGUUGGAAACGAUAACUGGGUCUACGAAAGUGUGAUGGGCAAACACGGGCUGAGGCAAAGAAAUGAUAAUGGAGAGAGGCUUUGCGAUAUUUGUGAUACGAAUGAACUAGGUUUAACAGGAACAUUGUUUCCACAUAAGACCAUUCAUAAAGCAACGUGGGUUUCCCCAAGUGGGAAUACCAUAAACAAGAUAUACCACGUACGAAUUAGCAGGCGAUUCAGGAAUUCAGUGAAGGAUACGAGAGUAUACAGGUCGGCAGAUAUCGGAAGCGAAAACCAUCUU